AUGGAGACAGUCGGGGAAUAUUUGGCAGCGGACCCGAAGGUUUUCGACCUACACACGUCUACCCCUCAGGUUCUCGAUCUCUGUUUGUCUCCGGGGGGCAUCGCGGCGUCUGUCGAGAAAGCGCUUCCAGGAUCAACCAUCGACGCAAUCAUUCUCGGUACCCCCCUUGGUGGCUAUAACGUUAUGAACCCACAGAUCUUUCGAAGUAUCAUGCAUACCGAUGCGACAAUAUAUGACUUGAUCGAUGAAGGAGUGGUAGUGAAAGAUAUUGAAACCGGAUUGUUUGACAUUACUCGUCCCUACCUUGGGGACCCGUACGACCUCAUAUUCUGCGGGGGCGCGGUGACAGAAGAGCAGCCCAAAGAAGUGUACCGUGGUUACUGCGAGGCAAUUCGCUUGUCGGUGUCUCAAUUGGUGUUCGCCCUGGAUCGGCUCAAGCAGGGGGGAUCGUUGGUCCUGCUUCUUCAUCAGAUUGACACCUGGCACACCGUGUGCAUUCUUCAUGCCCUCAGCAUGUUCGCCGACAUACAGGUAUACAAACAUCCCGAGAUACAUGCUAUCAAAUCGUCAUUCUAUCUCGUGGCGAAAAAUGUCAACUUGAACCACGAGGGCAUCAAGCAGACUAUUUCUAACUGGAGAGAUCUCUGGAGGUAUCUCGGAUCCAAGGAUCAUGCGGAUGCAGCUCGGAUGACUUGGAAGUAUGACGAAAUAGACAGCGACGAAGGAUCGAAACGUGAAGUUCAACAGUUCGGGCCUCGCUUCUUGGAAUUGGCUCGGCCUGUGUGGAAGAUUCAGGCCAGUGCUAUGCGUCGGGCAUCUUUCAAUUAA